CGUGGCUCUGUGUGAAGUGUGUGAGAGAGGGUUUAAAGAGCGAGCGAGCGAGCAUACAGAAGAGACACACGGCUCUGAUCGACAUGGACGCAGGUGUGGAGCACACAGGGACCAUCACAGAUGAAGAGGUGUCUGUGAUCCAGGACACGUGGAGACCCGUGUACGAGGUUAAAGAAGACGCCGGGGUGGCUGUGCUCGUCAGGUUUUUUACAAACACUCCAUCGGCUAAGCAGUACUUCGAUCAGAUCUGUGACAUCCAGGAUCCAGAAGAGAUGUGUCAGAACGUCCAGCUGAAGAAAAACGCGUUAAACAUCAUGACGGCCCUCAACAUGCUGGUGGUGAACCUUCGUGACGGAGACAAAGUCAACAACAUUUUCCAUCAGUUGGGCAAAACACACGCGCUCAAACACAAGGUGGACCCCAGUUACUUUAAAAUUGUAACUGACGUCAUUCUGGACGUGCUGUUUGAAACUUUCCCACAAGUCUUCAGUGCAGCGUCAGUGCAGGGGGCGUGGUCUAAACUCAUGAGCAUCAUGUGCGGCGAGCUGAAUAAAGUCUACACUGCAGUCGGCUGGGAGUCCAUCAAAAACUCUGCCUAACUGGAUGAAAUUACUACUACAAUACAGACGGGCGGUCCCCUUCUUUUUUGUGUACUGAAGUUAUUCUUAAAUGGUAAAAAUUCUCUUCUUGUGUCACUCUGUUAGAUUUUGUCAUGUGUCUUUAAUACGAAAGUCAGAUAUUUCACAAACAAAUGUUUGUUAGGUAUUAAAGACCUGGAAUGUUAUUACCCCCAUCAUGAUGUCAUCACGUCGUGCAUGUCUCACCUGCUGUACGGUUUCAUCAAACGAGACACAUGAAACCUAAAAAAACACAUAUAAUUACUUAAAACGGUUACUAAUAACCAUAUCACUGCACAAGAAUAUAAUCAUACAGUUAACAUGUCUAUAGUAAAUGUGAAAUUCAUGAGAAGUGACUUCAUGCACCAAAAAUCUGAUCAUGUCUCAUGACAGUCUGAGUUAUAACAUUUUGAGAUAUAAAGUCAGAAAAAAGCACACAAGGUCAAAUCAAUAAAACACAAUCUAUAAAAUGCUCUGUGAUAAACUGUUGUAACUGUUAAAUGUUAUUAGGAGCUUGAUAUAUUAAUAUUUUUAUUUUUCAGGGGAUUGACGUUUGUGUGUGUUAAACUGAAAAAAUAUUCAAGCUUUAACUGAUAAUAGAGCCUCAUGAUAAUAACACACACAUAUGUGUUUAUCUGUUCAACUGAAGUUACACUGUAAAACAGUUGGUUAAACUUAGAAACGAACGUUCACCUGCUGCCUUAAAAACGUGAGUUAACUGAACUUAAAGGUAUUCUUUGUUUCAACUUAAAUAUAUAUGUUUUACAUUGUGUUUAACUAAUUAUCAUUCGUCAUUUCAACUUGUGAAUCUGAGUUUAAAUAACUUGCUAUGUUACAUUAUCAACUACAGAAAACUCACGUUAUUAUGUUAAAUUAAA